CAUUAACCAAACCCUCCAGCUAUCCCUCACGUGUCCCCCGGAAUUGUACAAGGAAUCUCAACCAUAUUCCCUCCUACAAAACACACAAACAGGAUAUAUUUUUCUUGAAUUACAUUUCGACACCCAAACUAACUGUCAUAACUACCUUCCAAAUGGAGUCUGUUGCCUCCAAUUCAGCAUCCACAUCGAAUCACCGCCCUCAUUCCCGGUUCAAGGUAACCCAACCGGUUGCAGACAGAAUACUCCGAGCCCUUCGCCACCGGCUCCGCCUCCUUCACCGGUCCGAAUCAAACUUCUUCGUCCUAGGGGCCACUGGGAACGUGUACACUGUGACAUUGUCUGCCACCCCGUCCUGCACUUGCCCUGACCGUACAACACCGUGCAAGCAUAUACUAUUUACUUUUAUCCGCGUUUUGGGCGUCUCUCUUGAUGAUUUGUGUCUCCGGAGGAGGACUCUCCGGCCAUGCCAACUCAGCCGCCUACUCAGCACGCCUACAUCACCUGAAGCAUUGGCAGGGGCCAGUUUGCGUGAAAGGUUUCAUCAGCUCUUCUUUCAAGCAACGCGGGGCCAUUCCCGACCAUCUUUGCACAUAGAAGAUGGUACCAAGUGUCCAGUUUGUCUUGAAGAAAUGGGAAGCGGAGAGAAGGUGCUGGCUUGUGGGACGUGUCGGAAUCUUAUUCAUGAGGAAUGCAUGUUGACAUGGAAGAGGAGUAGGGGAAGGAGGUCAGUUAGCUGUGUGAUUUGCCGAGCAAGAUGGAGGGAUAGGGCAGAUCAAGAGAGGUAUCUAAACCUAUCAGCUUUUGUUAGUGAGGAUGAAAUGGUCGAGGGUGAAGGUCUCUGUGGUGAUUAGGACUUAAAGGAUGCCAGGCUAACCUGCAGAUCACAGAACAUAAGAUAAUGCAAGUUAUGGGGCAAUACAAUUGUAAAUACAUGCAUAAUAAAGUAUAAAUUUCUGAAAAAGAAUGCUUAGGAUUCAAUUUUUGCCGGAACAUUAUGGAGUUAUUUUCUUUUUCUAUUGCUUUCCAGCCCAAUUUUAUAUUUUCUAAGCAGGAAAUAUCAGGAGUUGCUUGCAUCUCCUUAUCUCCCUUAUCAGGGAAUUUCAGGUUAAAGACUAGAGUGAAAGCAAGGCUUUCAAAUCCUUUGCC